UAGAAAUAUAUAAUGGUAUAUCAUUGUUAUUAUUCAUUCUUAGAAUAGCAAACUCAGUGGAAAGAUUAAAAAGACACCUGUUGUAUAGGAAAUAUAAAGUAAUAAUAUCAUUUUUAAUCUAGGUAAACCAAGAACAGAAGAAUAGAUAUAAUCAGUUGUAAAAAAUGUUAGAAAUGGAGAUGUCUCUCAUCCAGAAGUUGUCUUAAUUGGGGAAGCUGAAUUAUAAAGAAUGAAAGUAUUAGUUGUAUUUUCUAUAUUUCCAGAAUAAUGCUAUCAUAACGACCAAAGAAGAAUAAUUAUACUAGAAAAAAUUACUUGAGGAAUAAAAAGAGAAGUAAAUGGCUGCUGCAAAAGCUAAAAAGCAAAAAAUGUUACAAAUGGAGGAAGAAAAGAAAAAAUAAGUACCUCUUUCAACAUAGUAAGAAGAAGAUAAGGUAGUUAAAGAUUCACUUAUUGCAAGGGUAAAUUAUGAUUUUUAUUAUUUGUUAGGCAGCAGAAAUUAUGAAUGAAUAGAUGGAUGAUGUAAAGGAAAUGAACAAAAUGGUUAUGUAUGCAAAAUGUGUAACUGUUCGAGAUAAACAAUUAUAAGAGAAGAAAGAAUUACAUGAAUAAUAUAAAGUAUAAGAGAAACGUAAGGAUUUAAUGAUGGAAAUUGAAAGACUUAAAUCUAUCAAAUAUCAUGAAGAAAAAGAUAAAUAAAGAAAAAUUGAGUAAAUACAUGGUCAUGAUAUUAUUAUUGAAUAAAUCAAAGAAAGAGAACUCAUUCGUUUAAAAGAUAAAGAAGAAUAAGAAAGAGAAGGAUAAAUUAUGCUUAAAUAAAUUAAAUAGCUGUAAUAAGAAGAAUAAUAGAAGGCUAUGUAGAAGAAGAUUACUUAAUAAAAGGUUUAAGAAGAAAUCUUAGAAGCAAAUGAUAGAGCUAUUUUGGUUAAAGAGAAGAGAAAAUUAGAAGAAAGAGAAGAAGAAGAAAUGAUUGUCAAAUAUAAUUUAUAAAAAGCAUAGAAGGAAGCAGAAUUAUUAGAAGAAUAAAGAAGAAUCAAAGAAGAAAAAGAAAGAGAAGUAUAAAGAUUAAGAGAAAUGCAAGAAAAAGCUUAAGAUAGAUAAGCAGAAUUAGAUGCAUUAAGAGCAAAAAGAGCUAUGGAAUAAAAUGAAAGAUAAGCAAGAGAAAAAGAAAGAAAAGAAGCAGAAUGGAAAAUGAAAUUAAAUCAUGAAGUUUAAGAAGCUAGAAAAUUGUAAUAAUGUGAAAAAUAAGAAAGAUUAGAAGAAUAAGUAUAUUAAAUAAUUUAUAUAAUUUAUUAGGCUAGAUUAGAAAGAGAUGAAUUUUAAAGAGUAAUAUAGAAAUAAAAAUAAGAGAGAGAAAAUGAAUUGAAAUUACAUCAUGAAAAAGAAGCAUUAAUUAAAAAACAUGCUGAUGAACUAAGAAAAUAAAUAUCUCUUAAUGAGGAAAAGAGAAAAUAAGAAGAAAGAGAUAAGUAUUAUAUUUCAUCUUAAUAUUUUUAGAUUAGAAGAAGGUAAGAAAAUAAGAGAUAAAAUGUUAAAUGAAAAGAAAUUAUUAGAAAAUAUCAAAGAAACUAAACUUAAGACAUUAAAUGAUAACUCAAUCCCAGAUAAAUAUAAAGCAGAAUUAGCUCGGAAAAAAAUUAAUAUAUUAAUUUGAACAA